UCCUAGGUAACGACGUAGAGGAAGCGCGCUCAGCGUGGCGGACUGUCAUCAUCAACAAUCAAAACAACAUGGAACCAGAACAGAUGGCGACGACUCCUUCUCAUCGACUAGGAGAUGAAGAUACAAUUGGUCCUGAUGGACAAACAGGCCCACCGGAAGCCCAAAGUCGAAGUAUUGUCCAACAGGAUCAGAGACCUCUUAAAAUAAAAACAGAUGUUCGGGAGCUUCAACUGUCACAGCAAAAAGUUUUUCAGCUAGAAUUCCAGGACAGUCAUCUGUCUCCUGCUCUGUCACUGCUGCCUCUAAUCUCAGGACUUGAGCACAGCGUCACUGAAUACUCUUUCUUCCAGCAAGGUGAUCCAGAUUUUGCUCCCCUAAGGGCUUUUCCUGAUGUUUCUAUGGUAUCAGAGAGGCUCCGUUUUCCUAUCCAUGAGAGCACCACCCAUUCCUCUGAGCAGAGCUCACUUUCCCAGCAUCCUUUGGCUCAGAUAACCCUCCUUUCCGAUGAAGGAGCAAGCAGCAACUGCUCCCCAUCUCAGCAUGACACACAAAGAAAACUAUCAAGAGGAGAUAGCAAAGAAACUAAGUUGGAAGCACUAUACGACUUGACAGGCAGGAAUACAGUUGGAAUUCAUAAAGAUGAAAAUAUCUUUCUGAAUAAAGACAUUCCUAUGCAGGAUCCUCAAGCCGACCAGAGAGAGGUUGGCAUGCAAAGCAGCAGCAGCAGCUCUGUUUCCUCUGAAUCCCUGACCUCUAUUAAAAGCACUGGCUUUUGUCCAGAUCAGCCACGACACACAGAAGCUUGCAAAGACAACAUGUUUGAAAGACAAGGUUCACCAGGUGAAGCCAGUCCUUCCCAACAGCAGAAAAGGCACAAAGAAAUCAGUAACAUCACUACUGGUUCCCGCUCAACUCAGCCCGAUGAUAGCAGCCAAGAGUUGCACAAAGAGCUGCUGUCUGAGGUACGGAAACUCAGCAACUUUGAAGCACACGAGCAACCAGAGGGUCCGACACCAACUCAUGAGCUGAUCACACCUUUUCUCAAAGAAUCGCAAGGCAAACCUAGUGGGAAGCCAUUUUCAGAAUGGGUUCACAGAGACAGAGAUCUAUGGUCUUCACAGACCCAAACAGGAAGUGAUGGCUCCUACCUUGGCUUCCUUCCACAGUCUCAAUCUACACCAGGCGUUUUCUUUGCGCCACUGAAAUUCGAUGUCAAGACUAAACUAGCACAUCUUUCAGCCAUAGAAUCUAACAUAGAUACCUUUUACCCAUCAAUCACGGGUGCACACUCAGCUGAUGGCCGUCUCCCAGACACGGAAGAUCCUCUGGAGGCUUCUCACAAAGUCCAUUCCCUCCCUAGUUUCAACUAUCUGCAGAAAGUUGAUGCCUGGAAGACAAAAGAAAGCUCAGAGAGGAUCCCACCAUUAGAAGGCCUAGCACUGCACAGACCUUCGGGAGUUCCUCCUAAAAAAGGUGAUGAGGGAGGAUCCAACACCUUUAUCCAGCAGCCUUCCACCAACCAGGAUGCUACACAGAUCUCUUCUUCUACACCUUCAGGAGGUUCUUCUCCUAGACGAGGAGAGGCUGUAGGCGGAGCUCCCGGUGACUUAGAGAAUAAGGGAUCUGCUACGCCACCUUCUGCCUCUCCCUUCGGCAGAUCACAGUCCCCCUCGUCCCUUGGUACAGUUGUCAUGGUCGCUGACAAGCACCAGCUGACCAACACUGCUCCAGAAAAUAAGAUUCAGGGCCUGAAGGACACUCUUCCUUCACCCAGUACCGCCACUCAACCCUCACGUUUCAAGAGCCUUGGUCACUUCAGUGACGUCUCCGAACUCUCAAGUUCCCAAGAUAGCUACACGGAAAUUAAAGUAGGACCUUCUGUCGGAACCUCUUCUGUCGUCAGCCUUGAGCUUGAUAAUUAUGCCCCCUACUGGACUUUUAAACAUUCAGCAACGUCACCAUCUCCUCCAGGGCCUAAAGAGCUCAACAUUGAUGAACGAAUUCCUUUGUAUCUUCAAAACCUUGGUAUCGACCAAACUCCAUCAAAAAUCCUGACUCCGUUUGCACCUAGAGGGCCCAUCAGAGAACCAGAGUUCUCUCCCACUGAUCUCUGUACUAGUAAAGGAUCUUCUGGAACUUCUUCAAAGAGCACCCAACCUUCAGAGAGUAGCAGUCCCCAUAAAGGCGAGUUCUCCAGGUCCAGCGUUCUGUCGGUGGAUUCUAGUUCAUCCAUCCCUCUCAGCACGGACAGUCUUGGUCUGGUUUCCUCGCCGUCAGAGCAGGUCAGAGUGAAGACCUCUCCUCCGUCCGACACAGAAGCCACUCAGAGGGAGAGCAGACCGGCCUCCUGCUCCGGGGCCGGUGAACGCUCCCAUUCCUCUGUCCUGAUCCAAAACAGCAAGCAGGAUUUCAAGUCCGUCGCUGUAAACGUCUCUGAUACAGAUACAAAGUCAUCUGUCCGGAGCAGCGAUAAUACGGGUCAAGAUGCGGAGAAUUCCUUUGUUAGCACAAAGGCAUUGUCAGAGAUCCGUAAGCUACUCUCUCAAGCAGAGGACAUGAUAUCUACGGCGUCUUCCACGUCUUCGUCGGGACCUAAUGCAAUGCUUCUCUUCUCUGAUAAAGACAUUUUCAGGCCACCAAACACAACAACCAGCUGGCUGCAGAACUCCUCGUUUUCUUCCUCUAUUUCCACCUCCACUGGCGGAGACAUAAAGUCUCAUUCCUCUCCACCAUGGGCCAGACCUUCCUCAGACUCCAUACUUACAUCAGAGAAACCAAACCAAAGCUCCACUGGGCUAGAGAGUUUGACGUCGUCUGAGCAACCCGAUAGUCCAUCCACACAAGCCCGGCGGACAGAGCCGGAAGGAUGCAGCGCGGCACCUCCAGACAAAAUACAGACACAGCCGUCAACAGCCGCAAGUACAACUCAGUUGAACGCGGUUCUUGAAGAAGAUAAUGGAGAAGAAGAAAAGACUAUACCUAAUGAUCUUGGUGCAGAGGGUCGCUCUUCCUUUCCCGUUCGCGAGGACGCUGACCAGGGAGUGAUGAGCGACAGCAGCAGUGAGAGCUCACUGGCAAUCAGAGUGGCCAAACUGCUGCAGAAUGAAUCGUCAGCCACCAUGACGUCGAGCACGCCCAGCGUCACAGAUCAGGAAGAGGGCAAGGCCGGAGAGUGGAUGAAGUCAAAGGUUUUGGGACAGCAGCGUGACCUGCUGCUGUUGGACGUAGAAGACAGACGGCACAUUGAAGAAAUCAAGAAACAGCUCCUGAUGAGAAACCCUCUCAAAAGCCAAGGGAGCACAGAUACAGAAAGCAGCAGCGUGGCCUCCAGUGUUUGGGUCCACAAAGAGACCAAUGUCCCCACAGCAGCCGAAACGUUUCCUGCCCUCAGCAAUGCUAACAAGCAGCUAGCCGUCCACCCAGACCCUCACAAGACGCUACCGAGCAACCUUCACCUCGAUCUAGAAGCCAGAGUUUGCGCGAUCGCUGCCAGGGAAGGAGUAACACUCUCUACUAAAAGACCCCAGGCCCUUCCAUCCAUCAGCAUACCCACUCAAAGGAACUCUGUGACCUCCUCACCUUCCAAUUCGACCCCCACUUCCACUUCUGCUCUAAGUCCAGCCUCAGACCCCCUCCACCUGGCAGAGCUUUCCACUGGAACAUCAUCAUCCAGUAAAUGUCUUUCAACCAAUCUGGAUGAAUCCGAGAUGAUUCCUUUAGUCCAGAUUACAAGAGAACCGCCAUCUGUGCAUGAUGAAAGUACCAGAAAGAGGCGAGACACGGUGGGAGGCCAGGCUGAGGAACUUUCCCCAACCGCCACACAGGCUGUAGGUAAACAGGAUGUGGGGACAAAUGUCCAGUCUAGUUCUUUUCUGGCCAUCAGUCAGGGAUUCAGGACAGGUCAUUUCACUCUGCUGCCUAAAAAUAUUUUGUCCUCCGCUGCCCACUGUCCUGGUUCUGGUGCCGCCUCCGCCGCCCUGAGGGACUCCUCUUUGACCGCCUGCAGUCCAGACGAAGGUGUCGGGUCGUCGAGUCCAGCAGAAUGGUACGAUGGUGGGAAGCCGGCGGCUGACAGGUCAGACGCUUCCACCAUUGAUCCUCAGGGAAAGGGCAUCACACCGUCGAGUCCUUAUCCUGUUGAAGCACCUGUGGCUGUGCUGCUGCCUUACAAACCUCGCGGCAGUGAGGAGCUCUUCUAUGUCCCUCAGAUGGAAGCUGAUGUUUCCUCCACCAACCGGUCCGACACCACCAUGGAGAGCUCUCACACAGGGUCAGACGACGCCGUGCCUCCCACCUUCAGCAGCGAAGUCCUUGGGGAUCAGGACCCCAGGCUGGACCGCGGAGUCGCGUUCAGACACCAGGAGGGCAUCUACAGCAAGAGGCUGAGAACAGCUGCCGUCACAAUGGCAGACCCCACACACACAGUAGAUGCUCCUGCAGCAGCAGACCGAGGGUCUCCAGCUCUGAUCCAGGGUGUGAAGCCGUCUUCCCAGGAAUCAUCUACCUUUACCAGAGCGCCUUCAAUCAACCUCAAACCCUCCAGUAGGGAUCAGGGUACCAGCCCGAUCCACUUCCCCCAGUUCGAACCAACAGAGCUGGCUCAUGACAGGUUUCAUUCAGCACACUUAGAAAGGGUGCAAACCGACACCAGAGAGCGAGAACUUCCUCCACCGGCCCCCCGACAGGGCGCUAGGACCCUGGACCACCUGUGGCAGAAGUUCUGUGAUCAGCGGACCAAGGACGAGGCGCGUCCCACCGGCGAUAAAGACGCUUCCCUGUUGGAGCGACUGGAGCGUCUGUCUCGCGUGAUUCAUCGCAGGCAGGCUACUCAGGAAGCCGAGAGCCAGGAAGAGCGGAGUAGUUACUUUCCUGGAAGGACGCCGAGAAAAGAACGAAAGGAGAUUAAAUGGAGCGAACACGGCGGAGUGACAGAUGGGGGUUGGGAAGCGGGGGGAGGAGAGGCGGAACAUCCAACCCAACUGAGCCACCCGUCCCCCCCAGCAGACAGGGAUCAGCCAGAUAGCAUGUCAACCACGUCCACCGUGGAUACGGCCCGACUCGUCAGGGCCUUCGGCGCCGACAGAGUCAGAAACGUGAACAGCAGCUCUCGACUUGGUAAACUGUACAGCACCAUCAGCAAACAGAGGGGAGACUGGAGAGGAACGGAGGCCGACUCCUCUGUUACCCUCACACCAUCCGAGGAAUCGGUUGUUGCUGAUUCAGCACAAACAUCCAGCUCACACACGUUCUCACCACAGCGCAGACCUUCCAGGGUUCUGACAGCCAAGAGGGCUGUAAGAGCCGUCAACAGAAGCAUCCAGGCAGGCGAGCUGGAGAUUGUUCGUAACGGAACUCGGCGGAACACCAGAGAUGUCGGGACUACGUUCCCCUCUCCUGCAGAAGCCAGGACUUAUGGGCAGACCUCCUCUUCGUCAGGCACUGUGGGAGGAAGAGGAGGAAGGUGGAGAGUUCUUCCUAAAUCAAACAGCAACCAGAGGCAGAAGAAGAGCAAGAGGAGCCCCUCCAAGCCUUACCCUAAAAGUGUUUCGUGGUUCAUCCCGGCUGACAACCCGAGGUCUGAGAUGAGGAAGGAGAACCGGCCGGAGAGGUCAAACAUGGCGUGGUUUGAGCCGCACAGCAGAACCCGUCCGUGGAGAGAGCUGCUCAGACAGAGACAAGUCCGAGAUCUGAAUCAUAAAGCCAAAAUAUCGUCCUCUGGCCUGGCACGGGUCUCCCUGCAAGAGGCUCUGGAGAUUCGGCGGCCAGAUUUCAUCUCUCAGUCCAAGCAGAGGGUGAGAUGUCUGGCUCUGCAGGCCGAGGAGAGGAGGAUCCAGUCUGCGUUCAGCCGAGAGAGAAACCUGCUGUUCGACCAGCUAGAAGAACCUCAGAGGCUGCCGAGACCCGCAGGCACGGCGCUGUUGAGGAGAGCAGUACCCAGGAAAGAGAUGAUCCAGAGGUCCAAACAAAUUUAUGAGAAUCUUCCUGAGGUGCGGCGCAGGAGAGAGGAGGAAAGGCGGAAGGCCGAGUAUCAGUCGUACAGGCUGAACGCCAAGCUGUACAACAAGAGAGUGAGGAACCGAGUCCUGGGCAGGAGAACAGCCUGGCAGUGAUUAAACGGAACAGCUCCAAAAUGUUA